UCGAAGUUUGUGUCUAGUAGGUAUUAGUGGUUUGUGGUAUGCUAUUUCAUUCGGAAUAUAAUAGUUACCUUCCAUGCCAUUGUUGUGAAAGUAUAGAUAGAAGACAGUGUUAACAUGGCCAGCAAAGUGCACAGGGUGCGAUUUUAUAAACCGAAACCUCAAGCCAUAAAUUGUGUAUCUUUCAAUAAAACACUCGGAAACAUUGCACUUGCAAGAGCUGACGCGUCUAUUGAAGUAUGGGAUUUGAAACAAGCGCCGUAUUUAGUGAAAUUUAUACCUGGUGUUGAAAAUGGUUCAGUGGAGGCACUAGGCUGGGUUGGACCAAGAUUGUUGUCCACUGGUCUUGGUGGAGCGCUAGUAGAGUGGGAUCUCGCCAAGUUAGUGCAGAAAACCUCAGUGUUGCUUACUGGGUAUGCUGCAUGGUGUUUAGAUGUAAACAAUAUAGAAUCACAUGUAGCUGUUGGUACAGAACAGGGAUACAUAAACUUGUACUCUGUGGAAAAUGACGAUAUUGUGUAUAAAAAGUUAUUUGACAAGCAGGAUGGAAGAGUCAUGUGCUGCAAGUUCGAUAAUACUGGGAACAUUCUGGUUACAGGUUCAAUAGACACUAUAAGAGUGUGGAAUGUGGACACAGGACAUGCAAUGACUCGCAUAUCGGUCAGUAGGAGGAAGAAAGAGGUCAUCGUUUGGAGUAUUGCUGUGCUUUCUGACAAAACCAUUGUAUCUGGGGAUAGUCAUGGUAGACUUACUUUUUGGGACAGUACUCAUGGGGAACAGAUUGAAUCUUUCGCAACUCACAAAGCAGAUGUACUAUCCAUAGCAGUAUCCGAUGAUGAACACAGUUUAUACUGCAGUGGCAUGGACCCUACAAUUACUCAUUUUGUUAAAGUCACCAAAGGAGGACAAGCCAGCCAAUCACAGUGGGUUAAGAAUGUUCAAAGGCACAUACAUGAACAUGAUGUCAGAUCUCUGGUCAUCAAGGGCAAUGUAUUAAUAUCAACUGGAGUGGACGGUUAUCUUACGUUCUCCAGUUACCCUCCCAAGUGGGUAAUGAGGAUUCCUCCCAUCACGCCCACUCCUAGGUCUUCAGUAUGUCCACGAAAAAAACUUUUAAUUCUGCGAUACAGCGAUCAUGUAGAUGUUUGGAAACUAGGAUCGUAUGAUUCGAAAGGUGGCCAUGAGAUUACUAAGGUUGAACAAAAUGGUUUGCAUGAAAAACAAGAUCCUCAUGCACUUGAACAAGAUUCUACCAUUGCAGCAAUGUAUGGGUUAACUAAAAAUUGUGACAAAAAGCGGUUAAACAUUACUGACAAUCCUUUAAAACUGGUAUCUAUAAACACUAAGAAGGGCAAGCAGAUUCAGUGCUGUGAGCUGUCCCCAAGUGGAGAAUUUAUUAUUUAUGCCACUGCUUCUGAUGUUAGGUUGCUGAAAUUGGAAACAGAUGAUAGUGAAGAUGACCAAUCAAAUAUUUCUCUAUCAAAAGUGAUAAUCACUGGUCUUCCCGGGCCGUGUACUCGAGUGGCAUUUACAGAGGACUCCCGAACUAUAAUUGCAUGUUGUGAUAGUCAGGAGUUAUAUGUGCUACAUGCUGAUCCGGAGGCAGGCGCAACUGUUCUAUAUUCUGUGGAUAUUUCAAAAGGUAAACCCGAACCAUCAUCUAUCCUGCAUCUACUGGUUUCCAAGCAGUGUAAAUCAGGCACAACUUAUGUUGUUGUAUCAGACAGUUGUUCCAUGAUUCAAGUGCUGUCCAAUAACAAUAAGAAAAAGAAAUUCAGCAACUACACGCUACUACCCAAAUAUAAAUUCGUUCCCACUGCUAUGACCGUGGAUCCUGAGAGGGAGACACUUAUUGUCAUUUACUCUAAUCAGAGAAUACUAGAAUUCGACCUAGUAAACAAGAAAGUGAUGGGGUGGGAUGCUAGAUCAAUGCCGAGAAUAUGGCAUAACCGCACUGCGGCCGUCGAGUCGGUGACCGUGCAUCCGCGAAGGGAUGCACUCGUCAUACAGGAUGGAACAUCGCUAUGGACAUUGGGGAGAACCGCACAGGAAGAAAACGAGGAGCCGAACGCAAAGAAGAACCCUGACUUUGUAAAACAUGUGAUGGUCAAAGUUAUACCAGUAAAGUACUUAGCAGGAUUCCACUGGCUGGAAGACGACGAGGCUGUGAUGGUCGAAGUACCACCUGAGAACAUCGUAUCGCAGCUGCCCGCUCCUGUUCAAGUCAGUAGCUGGCAGGGCAGACAAUAGCAACAAUAAAAAGAAAUUUCAGUAUAAAGAGUUUUUUAUUUGUGCUCAUAUU